CAAUGGACGCGCACUGGCUGGGUAACCAUCUCACGGGAAUAGUCCUUUGCGCUGGGGCAACGGUACUCCUAGUUCAUUAUUCUCGCAAAAUUUGGCUCUUGAAUAAGGCAGCGCCCGCCAGUGAGAAGUCGAACAAUAAUGAGAACGAACUUGCCGUUUCGUUUGUUUUUCCCAAUUUCGACCCUUGCAAAGAGUCGGUAGAAAACAUCAAGCCGGUACCUUACCGUCCUUUCCGCUGGGGCACGUACCAUGUUACGAUGGGUAUCAGAAACAUCUCUUGGGACUCUUGGAUCGAGAUGGAUAACCAGUUUGCGGAUUAUCACCGCCUUCGUGCGCACCGCAUGAAAAAGCGCGGAGAGCGAGUCGUGCAAACACUUCCAGAGAGUCCCAACGUUCCGACAUCAGGAUUUGACGCAGCAAGGGAGCUGGUUCAUGAGCUUGCAGAAUACCUUUCAAGGAGGUAUCCUCAAACGUUCCGCGUUGAACGCCACUCUCCAGAGAAGAAACCCGGUAGCGGAUGGUAUGGAGAAGCUCCAAUACGGACCAUCACGAUCUUGCCACCAAUCAAUGCAACGUAUAAUCUUGACGAAGAGGAUCCUAUGACGGUUGCAGGUCUACUGGUUCAGGAUGACCUCGCUCUAAUGAUCAAAGGUAACGACGAUGUAUACUAUAUGCGUUCUGGGGCAAUUUGUACUGCCGGGUUCUGGAGAUUGGAAGAUAAAAUAGGGCUGUCUUUGGACGACAUACAUUAUCAUGGUAACGUUCCACAAUACGAACAGAAAUUGAAGACCAGUCUCAACAGAUUCUUGCAACGUCUGCCCGUCGAUAAGCUCAUCCAGCGCAACAACUACUUUUUCAAAAUUGUCGCAGAUCCCGCUCAUCCCCACGAACCACUCGAUCCCCAUGAAUUAGGCUGGGCAGAAUCGACGGUCGGUGAUGAGGACGCGUUCGAGCCUGGCUCAGGCCUUGGGCUGCUCAAUGAGCUCCCACCAUCGCUUUCCUCCGACGUCGCAUACGAGCAAUCGGAAUCGACCGUGAAGCCAAGCAUGAUGAGGCUUAGGAUGGAACGACAGACACUGCGUCGGUUGCCGAAGACGGGGGCGAUCAUAUUCACUAUCAGGACGUAUGUCGUCCCUGUCGAGGAACUGGUGAAGGAGGUAGGCGUUCCAGGAAGAAUGGCUAGUGCGAUCAGGAGCUGGCCCGAUGAUGUUGCUGGGUACAAGAGCAGAUCGAGUUACGCGCAUCAUGUCUUGCCGUAUUUUGAUGAGUGCCACAGAAGACAGGUGGAGGAGGGCUUGCUCAAGGCAGACGAUCAACCUCAGACGGAUUAUCCUUUCUAAACAUCUGUACGCUGUACGCACGACUGCUUUGAGGCACCGCUCAUCAUGUAGUCGUAUAUACGGACGAGAGACGUUGAUGACCUGCCAUGACAUG